UCCGCCUUACACGUGUGUUUACCAAAAAUGUGGAUAACUGAGCUUUAGAAGCAAUAGUGAUAAUAUUCUAAACACACUAACUGUUUGCGGUUGAAACAUGGGGAAGCUGAAUGUCGUGGUGCUACGAUAUUUAUCUCGAGAUGACUUCCGAGUCCUCACAGCGGUUGAAAUGGGGAUGAAGAACCAUGAGAUUGUUCCAGUGAGUCUCCUGUCCUCCAUUGCUAGCCUCAAACAUGGCGGCUGCAAUAAGAUCCUCAGAGAGCUCGUCAAACACAAACUCGUCGUCUAUGAACGCACCAAGACUGUGCAGGGCUACAGGUUGAACUACGGAGGCUACGACUACUUGGCACUGAAGACGUUGUGCUCCAGGGAAGUGAUAAUUUCAGUUGGCAACCAGAUGGGUGUGGGUAAAGAGUCAGAUAUAUAUAUUGUGGCAAGUCCAAACGAGGAGCAGUAUGCUCUGAAGCUUCACAGAUUGGGUCGUACCUCCUUCAGGAACCUGAAGAACAAGAGAGAUUACCACAAACACAGGAAGAACAUGUCCUGGCUGUACCUCUCUCGCCUUUCUGCCAUGAAGGAGUUUGCCUACAUGAAGGCAUUGUAUGAUCGAGGUUUUCCUGUUCCCAAGCCUGUGGAUUAUAACAGACAUGCUGUUGUGAUGGAGCUCAUCAAUGGAUAUCCUCUGUGUCAGGUACAUGAGCUGCAGGAUCCAUCAGCCCUGUACAGUGAGUUCAUGGAGCUCAUAGUCAAACUGGCCAAUCACGGCUUGAUUCAUGGAGACUUUAACGAGUUCAACCUUAUGUUGGACGACCAGGACCACAUUACUAUGAUUGACUUCCCUCAGAUGGUAUCCACCUCACAUCCUAAUGCUGAAUGGUAUUUUGACAGAGAUGUCAAAUGUAUCAGAGAUUUCUUUGCAAAGCGAUUCAAUUAUGAGAGCGAGCUUUUCCCAACCUUCAAAGACAUCAGCCGGUCUUAUUCUCUAGAUGUUGAAGUCUCAGCUAGUGGCUUCACCAAAGAUCUGGAGAGAGAUGGUGCAUUGCUACACCCAGCAGGACCUGGGGGAGGGGAAGAUGAUGAAGAGGAGGGCGAUGAAGAAGAGGCAACAGACGAUGAAGUAGAAAAACAAGAACAGAGCUUGGACAUGGAGGAAUAUAAUCAUGCAAUGCUGGAACUGGAAGGUCUGAAAGUCAGGGACACACAUGUAGACACAGAAGAUGAGGACAACGAGGGAGAGAAAGCAGAAGAAGAAAAAGAGACCGGGAUAGCACCUACUUCUAGAAGUGAUGAAGAGAUAGAGAGGGACAAAGAGGAAGAGCUGAAUGAGGCAGAGGAUGAGUGUCCAGAGCUGGCAGACCUUUCUGCCUCCAAUAAAGAGUUCAAACCAUUCAGAGACUCAGACAGUCUUCUACACGUGGCAGAACACAGGAGGACAAGAACAGACAGUGAGGCCACAAUGGGCAGCAUAGGGAGCUGCUCUACAAUACCACCAGAGGUAGUCCGUCAGAAGGUGCGGAGGCAGCUCACCAAACAGCAGAAGGCAGCACAGAGGAGACGUCUACAGAAGGGAGAGGCCAACUUGGUGACCAAGUCCAGGAGAGAGAACCAAAAUAACAUCAAGUCUAGUAUGGAGAGCGCCUCCUUCUGGGGAUAAAUGGGACUGCAGUAAUGGACGGACAGAAUUCAUGUUGACAAACCUUUUGUUUGGUUAACAUGCAUGUGGCAAGAUUACUCUGCUCCUUUGUCUGGAGAGUUGAAAACACAUGAUAGUUGGUGGAAAAACUCAGCAAGAGAGUAUCUGUGCAACAACUCAACUGUUCCAUACUGGCAUGGAGAAUACACGAGAGAAGAAUGACAAAAAAUCUAAUUUCUUUUCUAUUUGGACUGCAGUGAACUAUCAUGUUCAACAUAAAGUGUCAUGUAAAUAUUGACUGCUUAUUAUAAUGAAGCCGUAUGAUUGAUAAUUAAACCAUUUAA